AUGGGACAGCAGCAAAUGGAGAAGAAGUUCACUUGGGUUUCACCAAACAUAUCCUAUUGUCUAGGCAACACGUGCUACUCUCCUCCCUACUCCGUCGCCGGCUGCGACUGGUACCUCUCUGCUUGUCCUAAAGGAGACUACUUGUGCUUGUAUCUUGAACUUGAGCCUGAAUCUCUGCCUCCAGGAUGGAGUAGAGACGUGAGGGUUACCUUCACUCUUGUCAACAAGGGAGCACAAUGCUGUUUCGAUGCAAAGAAUAGCAUUCAUGGUUUUGAAGAGUUUUUAUCGCUUUCUAAACUUUUGUAUACACAUGAAAGAUUUAUGGUGAAUUACAGACGCAUUGUCCUCGCUGAGAUACAUGUUUUGCCAGAUAUUGUUGUACCAAAGGAACCCGUGAAGGUUAUUGAACCACUUAGCUGCAAAGUAGGAAACCACAUUGCGGAGGCAUCUGCCAACAUAGCUGAGGGAGACUCUUCGUCUGCUGCUGCAUCUGAGGAGCUGUCAGAUGCUGAUGAUGGAGCUGCUGAUAAUGAUGAUGAUGAUGAUGAUGGAGCUGAGGAGGGUUCGGAUGAUGAUGAUAACACGUCUGAAGAAGCCCCAGAUGAUGUUGAUGCAUCCAUAGAGAAUCUGGCUGAUGAUGAUGGUGCUUCUUCUCCUGUUUCAAAUGAUGAUGAUGAUGGUACGUCUGAAGAAGCCUCAGAUGAUAGUGAUGCAUCCGAAGACAAUCUGGCUGAUGAUUAUGAUGAUGAUGAUGAUCCUUUUAGCCAAUCAGACGCUUUGGAGGACCUUUCUCAUACAAUGGCAAUCCAUGUUGUAAGCUGUAACGGUGAGACUGAGGUUUUUAGCGGUGGAAGCGCACCUAAAGAAGAUGUCGAUGAUGAGGCUUUAUCUCUUGCUUCGAAUGGAAGUUCUCUACACCAAGUGAAGUCCUUGGAGGCUGCCUCUCAGACAGUAGAAAAUGGUGGUGGACGUAGGGGGUUUAACAAUGUAAUAUCUGUUACUGAGAUCUGUAAUAAUGUGGUUAAGGAGAUUCAACCAGUAAAGGAAACGAUGAAUGUCAAUGGUUUUGAGGUUUUUUCUUCUCAGGUAAGAACGUCAUAACGUCAUAACGUCAUAACGUCUUCUAUUGUUAUUAGAGAGAAAGCUCUCAUCUGAAAAUUGAAUGGGACCGCAUGCAUAUAUCAUAUGUCCCAAUGCCUUAGUUUUAUGGGGAAAACCUUUAUUUAGAAAAUAAUAAGUGGUGCAUAUCACUGGUUAUGUUCUUUUCAAACAAAGUUUUAACGUUGUUUAUGGCUAGCAGGUAGAGUCGGUGAGCUAUAUAUUCAGAAGACACCCAGACAUAGCAUUAGCCAUUAGGCUUCCGUCCAAAGAACCAACAGAUCAGAAGAGCUUACCUGAAUGAACUCCUUAGCCUCAUCGAGGUUCUGUGCCAGUCACCAGAUAAACUCUCUGAGGAUGAUCUGAGAAAUGCUGAUGACACACUUGCUGAUCUGAUUGUUGUCGGCUUCAAAUUGAAUUGGCUAAAGUCAAAGCUGAAUGAAGUCACUGAGAAGAAGAAGAUGGAACAGGGUACUGGGGCAAGGUU